AUGGCUGAUACCGCAGCAGCGCCUGCGCGGCAGGAAGAAGGCGGAACGAGUAUAUACCGCUCGCUCGCCCAGAGCGUGGGCAUGUUCCUUCUGAUCCAGGGUGGCAUGAAGUAUUUCCUCAAUACUGGUGCUAAGACUCCCGCUGCGCCCGCGCAAUCCGGAGCCGCCGUCCCCAGUACCGCGAAUACUGGCGCCAACGUCGUGAUUCCUAGCUGGGAAGAACGACCGCAUUCGCUCGAACCUGGUGUUGAAUACAGCCAUGUGCCGUACAAGAUUUCGCCAAUCUGGCCCGAUAACCCAGAGGUUGACAUCCUCAUGUACAUCUCGCCGUCCACCGCUGCGCCCUCACUCAAGUCGAUGCCCAAGGACUCGCUCCUGAUCAACGAGACGAAUUUCAAGAUUGGCGACUAUAAACAGAAGCGGGAGAUACAAACCGAGUUCAAGGUGCCCAAGGAGGUGCAGCACAAUGCGAUUCUGAACGCGCAUUUCUACGUUGGUAAGAGUGGCAGUGUGCUCGAUCCUACAGCAGCGGGUUAUGACCCAGGAAAGGCAUACCAUGUCGUGCGCCCAUUGUCGGCGUACCAGGUCAAGAAGAAGGCCAAGAAGACGCGAAACCUGCUCAGCGACAUGCCAUCGAAAGAAGAAGAGACGGAAGAGGAAAAGAACGCGCCCAAGGUCUUUGCCAACUACUACCAUCCCAAUUUUACCAUCGCCUUUAUUCCGGACACACUGCAAUUUGCGUACCCGCAGAUGCACCCCGGUCCGCGCAAAUACGUCCAGCUGGAGUCUACCGGCGCUCGCGAUGCCUCUGGCCAACACGGCUGGUACUAUCCUAUUCUCUUCACAAACACUUUCUGGCAGCUGAAGAAGGAAAUGAUUGAACUGAAUGACACCGUCAAGACACUCCCGUUGAACGUCGACCUGAAGAACCUUGCUCACUGGAAAUUCAACAUCUUCGCGUCCAUGGAUGAGAACAUCAAGAGCAACGCAGCAGCAGCCGCUGCCGGCCAGUCGACUCCGGGAGGUGGCGAUGGCACCGAGAUGGAGAUGUUCAAGGAGAUUCUGAUUGACAGCAAUUCUUAUUUGCUUGCGAUUACCGCCAUCGUCUCUGUCUUCCACAUGGUCUUCGAGAUGUUGGCCUUCAAGAACGAUGUCCAGCAUUGGCGCAAGAAGAAGGACAAUGUCGGUACCUCUGUCCGUACCAUCUUGGCCAACGUCUUUAUGCAAGCCGUCAUCUUCUUAUACCUUAUGGACAACAACGAGAACACUUCCUGGAUGAUUCUCUUCGGUCAGGGUAUGGGUAUCGCCAUUGAAGCCUGGAAAAUCACCAAGAUGGUCAAUGUGCGCUUCCGUCCCGGUGGCCCUGACUCAUACCUUCCCUACACCAUCCAAUUCGAAGACAAACACGUCCUUUCUGAAACCGAGAAGAAGACUGAAGAGUACGAUGAGAUUGCUUUCCGUUACCUGUAUAUGGUCGCUGUACCGUUGCUGGUCGCAUACGCGGGUUAUUCCCUCGCAUAUGAGACCCACAAGUCGUGGUACUCUUUCAUCAUAACCACACUUGUCGGCUCUGUGUACGCUUACGGUUUCCUGAUGAUGGUACCCUCGCUCUACAUCAACUACCGCCUCAAAUCUGUGGCGCAUAUGCCCGGUCGCGCCAUGACCUACAAAUUCCUCAACACUUUUAUCGACGAUCUCUUCGCCUUUACCAUCAAGAUGCCUACUCUCCAUCGCCUGGCCACACUCCGUGACGACGUCAUCUUCUUUGUCUACCUGUAUCAGACUUACAAGUACAAGGUCGACUACACCCGUGUCAACGAGUUUGGGCAAGGUGGUGAUGACGAAGAAGUCGAAGAGAAGGAUGCGAACAGGCCGCUCGCUGCUGCGCCAGACGCUGAUAGGAGUCUUAAGGUACCUGACGCGGAGAAGGUUGCUAAGAGCGAGGCAAAGAAGGAGGAGGCGAAAGCUUCUGGGAGAUCAACGAAAGGUAGCGCGAAACAGCGGAAGUAGGACUCCUCGGUGACUAAGUGGAAGUCGAUUUGGGUAUCGACCGCGCAGGGGCCCAUGAGGUAUACUGUUCCGCGGUAGUCUUGAGGGGGUGUUGGAUAUUUGAUAGCUUAUUAAUUCGAACACAUUGUUGGACG